AUGAUCCUGACAAUGGCCUCCAUGAAUUCCUCCGUGCACAGUUAUAACAUGUCGAGUCUGACUUAUCGGGACCCUUCGAGCACAGCUGUUGCCAAAAACGUGUUCAUUCUGGCUCUUGGUCUCACCAUCAACUACAUCAAUGGGACACUGAUUCACACCUUCAGGAAACACCAGAUAUUUUACACAAAUCCUCGUUAUGUCUUAUUCAUCCACCUGGUCCUGAACGACAUGAUCCAACUCACUGUGACCAUCUGCCUGUUCGUCUUGAGCUACGUCAUCUACCGAAUCCAAACGUCCUUGUGUUGCCUCUUCAUUACUUUCGCCUCCUUCACCACCCUCAACACCCCUCUGAAUCUGGCCAUCAUGGCAGUGGAGUGCUACAUUGCCAUUUGUCUGCCGCUGCGACACGCCGAGCUGUGCACCAUCAGGAGAACGUACAUUCUGAUCAGCUGGAUUUGGGCCAUGAGCGCCAUCUCGACUCUGCCAGACGUGUUUCUUAAUGUGGCAACGGAGCCUGAGCGGUAUAUUUAUGCCUCAAUUUUUUGUGAGAGGGACAAUUUGUUCCGCCACCCUAUAAGCUUACAAAAAAGGGACAUUUCCUUCAUUAUUUACCUAAUUGGGGUUUGGCUGACUGUCUUUUUCACUUACUUCAAGAUCUUCUUUGUUGCUCAAGCAGCUAAAAAGGCUAAAUCAGAGGACGGAAAUGCAAAGAAGGCCAGGAACACAAUCUUGCUUCAUGGCUUUCAGCUAAUGAUGUGUAUGCUCACGUAUAUCUACCAUACGAUAAUGAAGGCACUGAUAUAUUUGUUCCCUAAACAUUACAUAAACGUCAUCUUCGUUUGUUACAUCUUCAUCCAGAUUCUACCCAGGUUAAUCAGUCCCAUUGUGUACGGGCUGCGAGACAAGACCUUUAGACAGCACUUGAAAAAGUAUCUGCUGUGCUCAGUGAUAGCGAGUGUCACACCCUGGACCAAGGCCAAAUGUGGGUCUCUGUCCUGA